CCAACAGUCCGGCAGUUGCGCUGUUGCAGAGCGGUUUUCCAGACAGGACCGGGGCGGAAGAGGAAAAAGCCGGAUAAGCGAAUGGGGGAGAGGAGGAAGAGAAUGUGACAACUGCUGGAUGCGGACAAGAGAGUGUGUGCGGCUGGCUACACUUGCCUUUGAGGGAGGCCCUUCUCGGCUCUUGCACCUGUCCCUCUCCGUCUCCGCGGCCAGGCGCAGUUUGGGCGAGAGCGACGCUCCUUUUUAUUUAUCAGGCAGGGCGCGCAGCGGCGGAGGCGCACAAACACACACACAUACACACACACACACAUACGCGCGGAACUGUACUCACACACAUACAUAGGCUACACAGCCAGGGCAGGCAGGCAACAUGACUUCAUCCUACAAUCUGGAAUUUCUGCCCGAUAUGAUGGUGGAGAGCCGCCUGCUUGUUCCCGGAGACAGAAUUAACGGCACAGCUGGGAAGAUGAACGGGGCGCUGGAGCAUUCAGACCAGCCAGACCCGGACGCCAUCAAGAUGUUUGUGGGCCAGAUCCCGCGCUCCUGGUCAGAGAAGGAGCUGAAGGAGCUGUUUGAGCCGUACGGAGCCGUCUACCAGAUCAACAUACUCCGAGACCGCAGCCAGAACCCUCCACAGAGCAAAGGCUGCUGUUUUGUCACGUUUUACACAAGGAAAGCUGCCCUUGAAGCCCAGAAUGCACUGCAUAACAUAAAGACCUUAACAGGGAUGCACCACCCUAUUCAGAUGAAACCUGCAGACAGUGAGAAAUCUAACGCGGUGGAAGACAGGAAGUUGUUCAUCGGCAUGGUGUCGAAGAAGUGCAACGAGAACGACAUCCGGGUCAUGUUCUCUGCGUUUGGCCAGAUCGAGGAGUGCCGGAUCCUCAGGGGGCCCGACGGACUGAGCAGAGGUGUGUGUCGCUCCGACUCACUUCCAUCCACACGAUGUGCGUUUGUCACGUUUUCCACCAGAGCUAUGGCACAGAAUGCAAUCAAAGCCAUGCACCAGUCUCAGACUAUGGAGGGCUGCUCGUCCCCCAUCGUGGUGAAAUUCGCCGACACGCAGAAGGACAAGGAGCAGCGGCGUCUGCAGCAGCAGCUGGCGCAGCAGAUGCAGCAGCUCAACAGCGCCACCACCUGGGGGAGCCUGACGGGCCUGGGCGGCCUCACCCCACAGUAUCUGGCUGUAAGGAGAGCCGCCACGUCACCCACCAUCACCUCCUCCACCCCUUACUACAGCCCCAUGGCCAACGCCGCCGCAUUGCUCCAGCAGGCAACCUCCUCCAGUAACCUAGGAGCCUUCAGCGGGAUCCAGCAGAUGGCCGGUAUGAGUGCUCUGCAGUUGCAGAACCUGGCCACUUUAGCAGCGGCAGCGGCGGCGGCCCAAAACUCCGCCAGUCCCAACACCGCUAACCCCCUGUCCACCAACGCCGCCUCCCUGGGAGCGUUGGCCAGCCCAGCGGCGGGCACAACAGCCAGCUCCAACGCCAGCGCCAUGAACUCUCUGACCUCUCUGGGCACCCUGCAGGGCCUGGCAGGCGCGACCGUGGGCCUGAACAACAUUAAUGCACUAGCAGGUAGCGUCAACAGUAUGGCGGCUCUCAACGGAGGACUGGGCGGCGCAGGGCUCACCAACGGGACGGCAGGCACCAUGGACGCGCUGACGCAGGCUUACUCAGGGAUCCAGCAGUAUGCCGCCGCGGCGCUGCCCACCCUCUACAGCCAGUCCCUGCUGCAGCAGCAAGGGGCCGCCGGCAGCCAGAAAGAGGGUCCCGAGGGUGCCAACCUGUUCAUCUACCACCUGCCCCAGGAGUUUGGAGACCAGGACAUACUGCAGAUGUUCAUGCCUUUCGGAAACGUGGUCUCUGCCAAAGUCUUCAUCGACAAACAGACAAACCUUAGCAAGUGCUUCGGCUUCGUCAGCUAUGACAAUCCCGUGUCGGCACAGGCAGCCAUCCAGGCCAUGAACGGCUUUCAGAUCGGCAUGAAGCGGCUGAAGGUGCAGCUGAAGCGCUCCAAGAACGACAGCAAACCGUACUGAUCUUAGCACUAGGGUCUAUCUGCUCCCCAUGUUAGCACUGCUAGGAACAACCCAUCUCCAUGCCUGUUAGCUCAUCGUUUGCCUAGCAUGUCUCCGUGGCGUCCAAACAAACAAAAAACUCUAAACAAAACAACCCCCCCUCCCCCCAUCAAAAAACAAAUAAAGUGUCAUCGUCCUCCUCCUCCUCCCCCGUCAUUGUUUUUUCUGAUGUCUUUUUUUCCGAGCUCACCUGAUCAUAACCUGGUUCUCCUCCUCCUCCUCCUCCUCCUCCUCCUCCUCCUCCUCCUCCUCCUCCGCUGCCGCCUACUGACCUUUUUUUGAACUUUGAACUUUUAGCUUUUUUGGACUUUGAUUUUCAUGUUGGUUUUUUUUUCUGUUUUUGUUUUUUUGCAUGAGACCUCAUUUGGAUCUGUUUUCCGGGAAAGGGUUUUCAAGGGAGGCGACCAAAAAAAAAAAAAGGGGGGGGGGAGGGAAGGAUGGGUGGGUAAGAAAAAUGAAUCAAUGUGAAAAAGAUAUAAAGCUGCAUAUGACAAACGUUACAAAAGACUGAGAUUUUUAUGGAAAAAACAAACAAACAAAUGUUUCUUUUUGGAGAGAAAAAAAGCAACAACCUGAUUUUAAGAACAAAUGAUUUCCAUUCAGUAUGUUUUCCUGCUUUUUAUUUUUUCUUCUUCUUCUUUAUGUCAGUUUUUGUUCUUCUUCAUUUAAAGUAAACUUGAAAGUUCACUACAGGAAUUGGCGCUUCACAUUGCUUCUGGCGCCGAUGGAACCCCAAAACAACAAAAAAAACUCACCGGGCCAGAAGCAGUCGGCACCAGUUUCUCUGAAAAAAAUAAGACUACUUCCAAACAGUUUUGAAUAAAAACUGUCUGAUCAAUAUUAGACUCUCUCUCAGAGCUCUCCAACGGUUUUUACAUUUUUCAGGCAGUGUAAAGUUUUUUGAUAAGGCCAUUUUAAGUGGCUCUGUUUCUCAUUCAAAGUCUAUAUAUAGAACCACUUUUUUCUAGAGUAGUUUAAAGGUAAAAAAUUUCAAAAAAAAAGGACAUUUGCCCUGUUUGGGUGGGAGAAAUGCUACCUACUUGUGUCACCUUUUGCUGAACUGACUCACAGAUAGACAAUCCGUGGUUUAAAUGCACAUGAUGAAAUGACCUAUAUUUUCUACUGUUUAAAUGUAUAGAGGAACGGAAAAAAAAAAAAAAAAUACUAAGAUACCUGUAACCUGCGUUAACGUCGGUGCUUCUCGUGAGUUUAGUUGUGGUUUCAUCACAAGUCCAACGGUCUUAAAUGUCUCAUGUUUUUCAAGAGAAGACUAAAAAAUCAGUUUACUUGAACAAAUAGACAAAGCCUUUCAUAUUACUAUAAUAGUUACUUUGUUGUUUCUUUUCUUUUUCUUUUUCUUUUUCUUUUUUUUAAGGAGUCCCUAUUUGCUAAAUUUCUUGUCGGUUAAUUAGCUAUAUAAAAUUCCUAAAAAUAUAUAUAAAUAUAAAUAUAUCUAUAUAUAUAUAUAUAUAUAAAAUGUCAGCUUGUGAAGGAUCAAUGUCAUUAUGAUUUUUAUUUCUCUCGUGGGAAACAAUAUUUAGGUGUGUUUUGUUGUUCAGCAAAAAUGUCUUAAAUAAAGGAAAAAAAGAGGAGAUCAGUGGAGUUUAGUGCCAAAUUCUGAAGGUACUUCCUGCCUAGCGCGUCCGUGUAACUUCUUGUGAAAUGAUUUGAUAACAUGGGUAUUUUAUUAUAAGUGUUUUGUAUGGAUCCCUCAUAUUUAAAAUAUAGAUUUAAAAAAGAGUUUGUUAACUUGCUAUUCUGUGGUCUUGUUGCCUGAAAAUGUCAUGUUUGCCUUUUUUUUUUUUUGUAAAGAUGUAAAAAAAAAAAAAAAGUGCCCAUGUGUCAUAUAUAUAUAUAUAUCUAUAUACACGCACACACGGACACACACACACACAUUCUCGUGCAGACAUCACAGUUUUACUUUCUUGUUGUGCAUGAGAGCCCCUGAGUGUGAAAGCCUCUACAGCGACCGCUACCGCCCGCCAGCGUGCGCACACACACACUUUUAAAAAAGCGCGCACGCGAGAAUCACGCACUGAUAUUUUUAGCCAUUGUACAGCCGUUUGAUUCAUCGAAGCCUUACCACAAAUCUUUGCACUCCUGUUCUCUCUCUCUCUGUUAGUAUCCGCACACACAGACAUCAGGCUUCAAGAUGUAUUGUUCUGAUUGUUUUUUUUCUCGCACGCGGCCCCGCUCUUCAGCUGAAAAAAUAAUGGAAGCGAGAGUCAGACGUGAAGCCUUAUUUCUCCAAAAGUCCUCUUAUCCCUUUUGUAGGGUUCUAAAACAUUUCUGAGUUGUUGUAGCCGGGCUCCGUUCAGACGGCGAGGAUCGUUACUGUUGUGGAUCGCCUCAGACAAGCACGCUCGCUUUUUUUCAUGAUGUAAGCACAGGGCAAGGCUGGCUCAUUCACAAACCAGCCUCCAUCUCUUGAGGGGG